CUUCACUAAUGUAUCGGAUACAUAGGCAUUUCAAGGGAAAAGACCUGGUGCUUGCCAUUAACCUUGCUGCUGGACUUAGUAUAUUCUUUUUUGGUUAUGAUCAAGGAGUUAUGGGAUCUGUAAAUCUCUCGGAUGACUAUUUGGAUAUUAUGGGUCUUCGUUAUAAUGCUGCUCUAUUAGGUGGUGUAGUUUCAUUAUACUAUGUUGGUACACUCAUAGGCGCUCUUAUGGGUGGUUGGAUUGGUGAUAAAAUUGGACGUGUUCGAACAGUAGUAGUUGGUUGUUGUUUUGCUAUCCUUGGUGCUGCUUUACAAACAUCUGCUCAAAAUUUAUAUUGGAUGAUAUUUACUAGAAUUCUUACUGGUGUUGGAACUGGUCAUUUAAAUGCUGUUGUACCUGUUUGGAGUGCUGAAACUUCACAUCAUACAUCUCGGGGUCAAAUGAUAAGUAUGGAAUUUACACUUAAUAUCUUCGGUGUAGUAAUUGCUUAUUGGAUUGGUUAUGGUUUAAGAUCUUAUGAAGGUGGUAUACGAUGGCGUUUCCCUAUUGGUUUUCAAUUGAUUCCCUUGGUGAUUCUAGCUGUUGGUAUUAACUUUUUCCCAGAAUCUCCUCGAUGGUUAUUGAAACAAGGUCGGCAAAAAGAAGCAUUGGAAAUUAUUGCAGCUCUUCGUGGAGAUGGUGAUCCAAAUCAUCCAGCCGCACAAAAGGAAUACAACGAUAUUAUCGAAAAUAUUGCAAUGGAACGUGAAGAAGGUGGUGAUGAACUUGGUUACAUUAGCAUGUUGAUCAAUUAUGACAAAUUAAAUAUACCAAGACGUGUUCAUCUAUCUAUUUGGUUACAAAUUGUUCAAGAAUUGGUUGGCAUUGGAAUGAUCACUGUAUAUGCACCCAAGGUUUUUCAGGUUGCUGGCUUUUCAGAAUCAACAUCUCAACUUCUGUCAGGUUUAAACAAUGUCUCUUACAUGCUAUCAACGUUGGUGGCUGUCUUUACGUUGGAUAAAUGGGGUAGAAGAUUCACUUUAUACUAUGGAGCCGUUGGUCAAUGUUUAUCUCUUCUUUUGAUUGGAAUUUUGGUAAAACCUGAAAUCAUGGAACAAAAUCCAAUGGGUUAUGGUAUUGGUGCCACUGUGUUUACUUUUAUUUAUACUGCAUUUUUCGGAAUGACUUGGCUUACUGUCCCUUGGCUAUAUCCUACUGAAAUUUUCCCUACCAAGGUUAGAGCCAAGGGAGGAGCAUGGUCUGUAGUUGGGUGGUCAGUCGGUAACGCUCUAGUAAUGGAAAUCACGCCACCUAUGAUACAAAAUAUUGGAUGGGUUACUUUCUUGGUGUUUGCAGCAUUCAAUGUGUUAUCCAUUCCUUUUGUUUAUGUGUUUUAUCCAGAAACAGCAAAUAGGACUUUGGAAGAAUUGGAUAUUGUAUUUACAAGUAAAUCAUGCCUAGUAUGGAAAGCAAACAAGGAGCUUGCCUUACGACAGGCGGAAACUAUUGAUGAAAAGGAAGAAAUCAAAGUGGAACCAAGUAAUAACCAAGAAGAAGAAGAACAAGGCCAUUGGAAAUGA